GUCACGGGCGAAGUUUUUGUCCGACAAAAAAUCAUUAAUGCAUUAAUGUAGUAUGUCCCUUUUAUUUAGCUCUUUAUUUAAUUUGGUUUUAAACAUUGCGAUAUUAUAUUUUAAGGCUUUCAGCUAUUAAGUUAUAUAUAUGCCUAAUAUAAUUUUCCUUAAUAGGGCAGUUUUACCACUUCUCGUUUGUAUUGCAUGUCCAUAUCUAGUGUUUCUCACGUUCGCAUUCGAUCUUAGUGGAAGCAGUUCCGGAUUAGAUUUAACAAAAACUGCCACUUUGUAAAUAUAUAAGCUUGCAAGUGUCAGUAUAUUUAAUUCGUUGAAAUAAAGUUUGCAUGAAUCAUCUAUUUGUAGGCCACAUAUGGCACUUUUUUGCUCUCUAAAUACGAGUAGUUUGUUUGUUGAGUUACCCCAGAAUAUUAUUGCAUAUCUUAAAAUAGAUUCGAUAUAUCCACGAUACGCUAGUUAUAUUAUCCACUAGUUAUAGUAUAUAUUAUCCACUAGUAAAACAAUAUUUCGGUCAGAAGUUGGCGACAUUUUUCUAAGAGCAAAUACGAAAUUUCCAUAAAGUCUCAGUGUGCGGUUUCCAAUUGAUGUGACUGUCUAUUUCUAAACCUUAGAACUUUGUAACCUUUACAUCUUCAAUAUUUUCAUUAUUAUAAUUUAUAUUAAUAUUCAUUGCAUUCGAACGAGGUUGAAACUGCAUUAUUUUAGUUUUUUUAUAGUGUUGAUCUUUAAUCGCUCACGUGUACGUAAAUUACUUAUUAUAUAUUCCGCUUGCGCUAAUAUGGGAGUGCAAGCGAUGCAUAGAAGUUAAGCUAAUAUGUCAAUUUCAAAACUGGUGCUAGCGGUACAGGUUGUCAUCUAAAGCGAGGUUCAGACUAACAAUUUGCAUGCAAUUUUCAUUACAUUGCGGUAUCUGAUUAAACUUUUGAAUGCAGUUUACUUUAGUAGUGGGCAAUGUAACGCAAAUUCUUGCUAGUCUAAGCCUCGCUUAAGACGUGACCAGUAAUUAAGAUACAAAGCCUUGUUUUAAUGUAUUCAAUUGCAAUUUAUCGGACCGACAUCUUUUUAACUAGGGAACAAUUUUAUGAAAUAUUUUUUUAUUUGUAUUUUUUUAAGUAGGUAGUCACAAUAGUACUAUAUAAAUUAUAAAUAGAAAUAGAUAAAGAACAAAAAAAGACGAACUUUCAAAACCAGAUACUUUGGGACGGGUACCGCCGUGGCCGGGUGGUCUAAUGGUCGGGAAGUUAGCACCGUAAGUUGCAGACGCGGGUUUGAUUCCCGCCUCGGCCACCGGUGGACUUAGUCACUAGAGUGCUCACUCCAUACAUCAGUUUUUGUACAAAAACGCUAAUUAUUUUGAUAGUAGACAUCUAGCAUCGAGUAGCGGAAUUAUCAGUAGCGCUACUUGACACUAGAUGUCUCGGGUGUCGCGACCGACGAAAAUUGUAUUUCCCAACCAUUUGCAACUAAUAUUACAAGCAGAAGAAGUUGAAAAUUAAGCUUCGAUUAAUCCGGUUAUAAUAUUGGAUGAAAAUUGAUGAGCAUUAGACUUUUCGUUCAUCGCAACAUUUAUUGUUAAAUAGCAGUAAUGAUUAUACCGCUACUCGAUUAGACUGCUCCCGUUGCUUGUUUUCCAUAUAAUUCAGUACCGGAACCGGGAAUUCCCGGAUAAUUCCCGGUUAUCGCCAUACUAGACUUUUCGUUCAUCGCGACAUCUAUUGUCAAGUACCAGUACUGAUUAUACCGCUACUCGAUUAGACUGCUCCCGUUGCUUGUUUUCCAUACAAAAUCAGUACCGGAACAGGGAAUUCCCGGAUAAUUCCCGGUUAUCGCUAUACAAAUUCAGUACCGGGAGCAGUACCUAUACUCGAUGCUAGAUGUCGACUAGGAAAAUAACGCAAAUUCGCCUUUUCAUGUAAACGUAGUCCUCAUAUUCUUCUGAAUAUUAACAUUAUUGAAAAUAUUUUGACAUAAUUUGUAUUAUAUCCACCACAGCUGUGUACAACGUUUGAUUUUUUUCUAAUUUUUAAUUAUUUACUGAGCAUUUCAAAUUUUAUUAUAAAAACUGUUUUUCGCUCCUAAUUUUUACAAUAAUCAAAAAAUCUAAAAAAAAUCAAACUUAGGGACAUAGCUACUGUUAAUAUAUAUGUCAAUAUCCACAGAGGAAAAUGGGGACUACGUUUGUAUGGAGACGGCCGAUCCCCUAUCCUCUAAAUGAUAAUUGAAUUGUGCAAAGCCUAUAAAUAAAUAAAAAAAUACAACUUGAGCUUCAUAGUGGCCUCUAGUGGCCAGUUUGAAUGUACCAGCCGUAAAAGUGGCAUAGCGAAUUUAUUAAUGAAUUCAUUCAUAAUUUCUCCAUGCAAUUUCGCAGCUCACUGUACCGAAACAUGAGGUUAACGGGAAAUACGAAAAGUGGCAAUCAGGAGAUACGAUCCAAGAACAAACAAAUGGUUCCUCUGCGCCAGACCGUACCAGGGUCUAACACUCCUCGGCCUGUAUCUCAUGUUUGUACUCAAAUGGGGCCCGGCCUAUAUGAAGAACCGGCCCGCUUACAAUUUGGAAAAGGUCCUUAUUAUGUACAAUGCGUUACAGGUGUUAAUAUGUGCACGGAUAUUUAUAGGGUCUCUAAUCUACGCCUGGGCGUUCGAUUACAAAUGGCUGUGUGAGCCCGUAGACUACUCAACAGAUGAGAAGGCGAUGCGUGUGGCUCGAUACGUGUACUACUACUUCCUUGUCAAGAUUCUGGACCUGGCGGAUACCGUAUUCUUCGUGCUCCGUAAGAAGAACAGCCACGUAUCCUUCUUGCACGUCUACCAUCACACAGGCAUGGUUAUGUUGACAUGGGGCGCUGCUACAUACUUCCCAGGGGGCCACGGAACAUUAAUUGGCGUGAUCAACUCAUUCGUCCACGUGAUCAUGUACGGGUACUAUCUGCUGACCGUGGCCAUGCCGAGCAUGAAGGAAUCCAUGUGGUGGAAGAAAUACAUCACGCAAAUGCAAAUUUUGCAGUUCCUGAUGAUCGUAGUUCACAUGGCGACCCUGGUCUGGAAGACCGACUGCGCCUACCCCCGCUGGAUAGCAGCUGUAUUCCUACCCCAAAACCUCUUCAUGCUCAUAUUGUUCAUAGACUUUUACAUAAAAGCUUACAUCAAGCCUAAGAAGGCCAAACUAAACGGUCUGCAAAAUAGACACAAUGGUCUCCAAAAUGGUCACAGUAAUGGUGUUCAUCUCAAAAAUGGAAAAAACGGUGUUCAUAAAAAGAUAGAGUAGAUUUAAUUAAAUUUAGAAGUUAGACUAAUUUAGUUAAAUAUUAAGUUCCUGUAUUUUUAGAUUAUAGUUAUAGCUACUUGUAUAGCCCCUCCAGACUAUAUGCGUGAAUCGCGGUGCGACCUCGUGAGUAGAACAUAUCUCGACGUUGACGUACGACUCCAUUACUCGCAGAACUUCACGGCAAGAUGGUUCCAAAGCAUCAGCUGAUCGAAAUUAACUGUGAAUUAGCUACGGCAGCAAUGUAAUUGUUAUGUGCUGUAACAAUUUUUCCAUUUUGUUUUCUUAUAAAUCUUCGAAAAUUUAGAUACUUUAUCUUGUAGCAGAUAAGCC